GCAGACCCAGACUCUACAGGACAACUUCUCCAAUCAGAUAUGGAUAACAUCGGAGCAUCUCAAUAUCGUCAAAGACGGAGUAAACUAAAUGAGUAUAAAUUUGGCCUCUUCUUCGAACUUUUUGGAACUUUAUUCUUUAUUAUUGCUGCUAUUGUCCGAUAUAAUCCCACUUGUCAGGCCAAUUUCGACAUUUUAUCUCACAGAGGCCACUUUGAGAGGAAGUCAAGGUUCCCAAAGCUUAGAGUCUAGAGGUGCAAUAUAAUUUUAGGUGCGAUUCUGAUACCUUAUUAUUUCAUCAAUCGUUGAAUCCAAUCAAGAGCAAGGACGAGGGCUCAGAGAAGGAGAAGAAGGAUCUUCAACAGGCUUGUCAGAAAGAUAUUCCAAAGCCCAGAUGAUAAGGAGGAAGAAACUGAGUGCACUAUCUGCCUCGAAGCCUUUGUUCCAGGAUGCAAGGUUGUGGUGCUCCCUUGAGACGAUCGACAUUUCUUCCAUGAACCAUGCCUAAGCAGAUGGCUUGACGAAUGAAUGGCCUGUCCUUUAUGAAAAGAGGAAAUUUCCUUACCUAGAAUUAAUAGACACAGAGAAUCCUGGAAAAGCGGUGGGAGAGUCAUUGGACGCUCUUUCAGACAGCGACCGGGAUACGAAAGUAUAAAUGACGAAUAAUUUAACAAACGUGAGGUGGAAAUUACACUUUCUCUUGAUCUCUGUGUUUUGCUAAUAAUUUAGUAUUAAUUAUCACUCUU